AUGGAUCACUUCUCCUCAUCACCCUCGCCCGAAGACACCUGCCCCUGCUACAUCAACCCAUCAGCCAUUCGCCCCCAGCGCUGGCAAGACGACCCACAAGGCUGUCUGCGCAGUUGUGAAGCACAAUUCUUGCAGUCCAUUCACCAAAAGUGGAGUCUAUCCGACCACUGGAUAGAUGGCUGUCAAAAACUAAACGGCACUGGCCCGGUGCGCGGCUUUUGGGCCCUGUACUGGUGCGAUGCGACGUUUUGUGGUGUGGGUAUUGACUUGAACGGGGGAGAGGGGCAAGAUCCAAACGUCGACCUAAUCAUCAGCACGUGUGCAAACAUCGGUUUCCCCUCCAUCCUCGACCCCGGACCGCCCCCUCCAACCUUCCACUGCGCCACCUCCGCUGCAGACCUCGAGCGCUGCUCCGCCGCCGCUGCCGCAGACCUCCCCACAACCUCUUCUGCCACCAUCCCCGCUAGCUCCGACAACAUCUCCAUCGCCGCUGUUCCAACCGACCCGGCCGACACAAACUCUCUCUCUCCCUCCUCGGCAGAACCAACCUCUUUCAUCGACCCCCUGCCCACCGAGACGUCAACCACGUCAUCAAGUCCAUUAUCAAGUCUAGGCAAAGCCGGCGUAGCAAUUGGCUCUGCGCUCGCGGUCGUGGCAAUUAUCCUCUGUGCCCUGCUCUGCCUCCGGAGGCGCAAGAAACUCAAGAAUGCCACCAACACAAACCCAUCUACCUUCCCCGAUGAUGAUACCCUCCCCAUCCCCGGGUCUGGACACACCCGCAAACUGUCACGUGCUACCACCUUGAUCGGAUCACCCACGCCGUUGAUCUCCCCUGCCAGGAGGGGUAGUACCAGAACCGGAGGGGGGAGGAAGUUCCUGGAGUCGAUAUCGAUACUAAAAGUGGGGAGCAGGAGGAGGAGUGCGAGUGCCAGUCCUCCUUUGACACCUUUAGGCCCGGCGCCGCCCCCUCCGGCGGAGAGGUAUCCCAAUCCUACUGACGGGAGGUUGACGCCGUUGAUGGUUAGGAGGGAGGGGAGUCUUGGGCAGAUCCGUACUGCGAGGGAGGAGAGAGAGGAUGAUGCUGCUGCGCUGUGGCUUCCGAUUCCUCACACCUCCCCCGGGACCACCUACCUCACCACCGCCGAAUCGAGCGUUACCUCCCCCUCCUCCUCCUCCCCCUCCUCCUCCUCCUCCGCCGCCGCCGCCGCCAAGAGGGAGCUCGAGGGGGAAGGGAACAGGGAGGAGUGUGUCGUCGCCGGUGAGGGGGCAUCAUCAUCAAGGGGGGGAGGAUCAGGAUUGGGGGCUGAGGUCGAGUUCGAGUCCCGUGCCGGGACAGAACCCGGGACAGAGUACAUUAGCGAGGGGUUAUGGAGUGAGCACAAAUCCAUGGAGAAGAGAGAAAAAACUGGGAGGAAGAGGGGAUCAGCAUCAGCAGCAGCAACUAAGAAUGCAGCAGUCGGAGGGAGGGUUGAGAGAAAGCUGGGGGAGUUGGGAUGGGACUGGGAGGGCUGA